CACACCUGAACGCAGCACCUGUCGCUGCGUGAUUCACCGCAGAGUGCACGACGGGAAGGACACGCAGAGGGUUGCUUCACGUCAGAGGAACAACACGACAUGCAGGGCACGAGCUCCCCGGGAGGCCGCGCCCUCUCCGAGGACCAGUUCUCCUGCUCCAUCUGCCUGGAGGUGUUUGUAGAGCCCAUCUCCACGCCCUGCGGCCACAGCUUCUGCAAGGCCUGCCUGCAGGGCUACUGGAACCACAGCAAGAAGUUCCUCUGCCCCAUGUGCAAGAAGAGCUACUCCAAGAGGCCCGAGAUGAGCGUCAACAGGGUCCUGGCGGAGAUAUCCUCCCAGUUCCAGGGGCUGUUGCUGGCUGAAGGGGCUGGAGGAGCCGCGGGAGCCUCGCGGGGGUCCACGUUGAACCUCAGCUCAGACGCGAGCCACGGGAGCCCCCAGGGGUCCGACAACGGGGAUUUCGCCCGGGCCGGGGAGGUCCCCUGCGACGCCUGCAUCGGGAGGAAGGUGAAGGCCCUCAAGUCUUGCGUGAACUGCCCCGGGUCGCUCUGCGAGGUCCACCUGAGACACCACCGGAAGGUGAAGUCCCUGAUGUCCCACCGUCUGAUCGAACCCACUUUCCACCUGGAGGAGAAGAUCUGCAAGAAGCACGAGCGCCUCCUGGAGGUCUACUGCCGCUCGGACCACGCCGCCAUCUGCGCGGCGUGCGCCGAGUCCACGCACAAGUCCCACGACAUCGUGUCCAUUGACCACGAGUGGAAGAAGAAGAUGAGUAUCCUGAGCAAGAAGAAGUCGGAGGUCAAACACUUGAUCAAGGAGAGAGCCAAGAAACUGGAGGACAUCAAACAAUCCAUCAAGGUCAUCAAGGCCGGUGCUCAGAAGGAGCUGGAGGAGAGCUGGCAGGUGUACGCCGAGCUGCAGCGCCUGGUGGAGCAGAGCCAGGCGGAGCUGGUGGAGCUGAUCGCCGCCAGGCAGCGGGAGGCCGAGCGGCACGCCCAGGAGCUGGCCCGGGGGUUAGAGAACGAGCUCGGCCAGCUGAGGAGGAGAAGCCACGAGCUGGAGGCCUUCGCCCACACGCCGGACAAGGUGGUCUUCCUGCAGAACCUGUCGACGCUGUCGCCCUCACCCGAGCCCACCGAUUGGUCGGCGGUGAGCGUCAACACCGACCUCUACCUGGGCGCCGUCCGCUCCUCCGUCAGCGGCCUGGUGGAGAAGCUCCAGGAAGAGAUCAAGAGACUGUACGGCAAAGAGCUCCGGAGGAUCCAGAACUAUUCAAGCGAGGUGAUCUUGGACCCCGCCACGGCCCAGAGGAACCUGGUCGUGUCCGACGACGGCCGCCAGGUGAGGUACGAAGAGCGCAAGGCCGUCCACUCGGAGGGCCCGAAGCGCUUCAGCCCCGCCCUCUUCGUCCUGGGCCGAGAGGGCCUGGGCUCCGGGCGCCACUACUGGGAGGUGGACCUGGGGCGCAAGACGGCCUGGACGCUGGGCGUGGCCAGCGCCUCGGCCCGCCGCAAGGGCGAGAUCAAGCUGAGCCCCGAGGGCGGGUACUGGUGCCUGUGGCUGAAGAACGCCGAGGUGAAGGCGCUGGCGGCGCUGCGCCUCCCUCUGCCGCUGCCGACCCAGCCCAACAAAGUGGGCGUCUUCCUGGACUACGAAGGAGGCCAGGUCUCCUUCUACGACGUGAAGGCGCGUCUGCACCUCUACACCUUCUCGGAUGCCUUCAGCGAGAGCCUGUACCCGAUCUUCAGCCCGUGCCUCCAGCAGGACGGGAAGAACUCUUCGCCGCUGGUUAUAUCCCCUGUGAAGCACACCUGAGGCCGACGGCGGGGCGGCGGACGAUCGACCUUUUUGACACCUGAUAGAGGAUUGUGUCCUCUAUCCGUUCUUAAAAUAGGAUUAUCUUUUUUUUACCUUCUCAAAGCUCGUCGUUUUGCAUAUUGAUACUAACCACUAAAACUCAUUAUAUUAUGGCCAUGUGGUUGCAUUUACUUAUGUAGAACCAGGCUCAAUACAGAUCCUUUUUAAAGAGCAGCAGGAGGAUCAAAGGAAACCCAUCAAAUCUGCUGUAACAUGGAUGGUUAUUGGAAAUAUUGGUAAUUUGGUUUGCUUAAAAAGUAGCCAAUAGUUCAGCCAUACUGUGCUUUCUUAUCUCAAAGUGUAUAUGAAAUAAGAGAUGAAUCCUGACGUCUUCCUCCUCCCGUGUUCAGCUGUUAAGAGUUGAGUUUAUGAGUAAUAAUCUACUUCUGACACUUUCCUUACUGUGUACGUGUUUUUGUUAUAAAGCUUUGGAGACUUUACAGAUCAAAGAAAGGAAGUUAAAUAGAUGUACAUUUACCGUACAUACAGUAUAAACUAUUGUUUUAUUGAGCAUUUUUAUGAUCCAGGAUUGUUCUGUAUUUAUAUAUGAAAUGUUUUUUCUUUUGUACUAUAAAUCUGAACUUAUUCAUUAAAGAUUAUUA